AAAUCAACUAUAAAGUAUAAACAAUCUUGUUUUUAAAUGACUGUUAACGUUUUUAUUUUUACAAUAUUAAACCCAUUAUUUUGACGAUUUAUUGGCAAUGAACAUGAACCCUGCUACUAACAUAUCCACUCAUCGUGCCAAGAUGGCCUGUUUGAAGAUAGAUGGUAAAAAAUAUUACUUGUGCAAAGGGAUAAAUACUAUAGGUCGAUGUAUUACCGCCACGGUUCCUCUCAAGCAUGUGGAUAUAAGUAAACAACAUGCGAUUAUAACGAUUGUCAAUGAACGGCAGCAUUAUAUAAGCGAUUUUCAGUCAUUUAAUGGCACAUUCAUGGGUGGAAAUAGGUUACAACCAUUAGUAUUGCACGAGCUCUCGGAGGGUGAUUCUAUUCAAUUUGCUAACGUAUCUGCAAUUUAUAAUACGAUACCCGCAGUUUCGCAAGCACCACAUGGUGGACACAACUACUCUACAAUUAGUAUGGAAAGCACACAAAACACACAGUUUAUGACCCAAUCAUUUUACGAUGGAGCAACUCAGGCUGUUGAGGGUAAUAUAAGCACAUCCAAUGCUGUACCUGAAAUGGAGAACCCACAAAAUUACUUUGAUGAUGAUUACAACUUUGCGGAUGUUUCCACGCAACUACCACCACCUAGUGAUCUACCAGGGCCAUCAAAGGCUCUUUCCAUACACGACAUGCCAACUCAGCUUUUUUGCGAGGAUGUACAAGAAUCUGUGGUCGUUGCAAGUGAUGCACAUCCAAAAGAGGGUUUGUGUGAGGAUAUUCACGAAAUUGAAACGCAAAUAGUUGAAAACACGUCAAUACAUAACCUGCCUACACAACUAACAAAAGCUGUCAAGGGCUCAUCGAUACAUAAUAUGCCUACUCAGGUAACAAGGAAUGAAAAUAUUCCCGAAACGAAAAUGCAACCCCCUGACAGCACAUCCGUGCAUAACAUGCCAACUCAACCAACCAAAGAUACCAAAAGUCAAGACAUUAUUGAAUCAAGAACCCAAUCCCUUGAUGGCACAUCAAUUAAUAACAUGCCAACGCAACUGACAAGAAAGGCUCAAGAGAAUGUUGAAUCAAGAACCCAAUCCCUUGAUGGCCCAUCAAUUAAUAACAUGCCAACGCAACUGACAAGAAAGGCUCAAGAGAGUGUUGAAUCAAGAACCCAAUCCCUUGAAGGCACAUCAAUACAUAAUAUGCCAACUCAGUUAACAAAAGAUUCAAGGAACAAUGAUAGUUUUAACAGUACCAGUGUUAUUGAUGAUACUAUCAAUGAGUCUGACAUUCGGGAGGAAUCAUCUGACUCACAAUCACAUUUGCAAGUCAAUCAGUUACGCCGGCGCGCCAUCAGAUCCAUUAGAGACGAUUCGGAAACCAACAGCAAAGAAUCUCAAUCUGAGGAGGUUGUCAGAUUUAAAUUGAGGAAGAGGAAGACGAAAAUUAUCGAAUCUGAUUCUGAAACGGACGCGGAAGAGGAGAUGAUAAAAAAAACCGUGGCUAAUCUUUCUAAUUCAGAGACAGAUACUGAAAAUGAUAUAAAAGGCAAACUUGCUUCUGACUCUGAUACUGAUGCUGAAGAUCUGGUGAGAGAACCAACAACUGUUAAUACUGGAAUUGGCAAAGUACAGGAAAGUGCAGAAUGCAAACCAAGUAUGCCGGACAAGGGCGUUCCUAGUAUUGAUUCCGAUAGCGAUCUCGAUGAUUUUGAGUUUAAUACUCAAGCUGUGACUUCCAAUGUUAACGAAGAUGAAGAUGAUUUUAUAAUUCCAUCCACUCAACUGGAAGAGCCGACACCUGUGGCCGUGGAAGAACGCUCUGAGGAUGUAAAUAAAAUGGCUAAUUCUGUAGAGAUGGAUUCCCUCUACCUAGAGCCAACCCAACCAAUGGUGAAUGAUGAAGCACUUUUGGCGCCACCUGCAGGUGACAAGCCAAAGAUAGGGACAUCUAGCAACAUUGCUGUGGAUGAUGACGAAAUAUUCAUUAAACCAACACAGGUAUUGGAAUCAACUGGAGCCAAAGAUCGAGGUGACAUUUGUAAACAAACCACUGACAACAACAGUGCAGAUGAUGACAUAUUCAUUAAACCGACACAAGUUUUGGAACAGGUUGUUGCUAAUGAUCAAGAUGACAUUUUUGAGCAAGCUACUCAACCAGUUGCAUUUCACCAGCAAAACUCCGAAGAUAUAUUUCUUCAAUCAACUCAGCCUAUUCGAGAAAUUGAAGAUCCCAUAUUUUUAAAACCUGCUAUCCCAAGCCCAAAGAAGAAUCUGGCUGUAAGUAGUUCUCAGUCUGAUGACAUCUUUAUGCAACCGACUCAACCCAUUGUUGAUAAUAAAAUUGUUGAUGCACCAUCAGAUGAUAUAUUUUUACAACCAACUCAACUCAUCGAUGUAAAAGUGGCCGACUCAGAAGAUGAAGUAUUUGGGCAACCAACACAACUUAUUGAAGCUAAAUUACCACACCUUAACGACGACGUCUUUGAUCAGCCCACCCAAGUAGUGACUCUAAAUUCAAAAGCUCUAGCAGGGUCUCACAUUGAGAAACAGUUAGAAGACAUGUUUGCAUCUCAGAGGUCUCCCGAAAAAUUACCACAAGUUGAAAGUCAGCUCGAGGUUGUCUUUGAUUCUCAGAACAUCGUUGUUGGUGCUGAUAAUUCCAGACCUUCAAAUCCGCUCCUAACUGAACUUGAAGAUAAAUCAAACGAUACCCUUGAUACACGCAGACCUUUGAGACGAGUAGCUCAGCGUUCUAAUAAUAAGGCGCUACCCGAAGUUAAAGACAAAGAUUCCAUUGAACAGGAUGAAAGGAGUCGAACCCGAGCCCAUUCAAAAAAAUCACCUUCAACUGAUGCUAGUAAAACUAAAGCAAAGUUACUUGUAGAGAUGCAAAAAUUGGAAACGGACGAAGCACAAUCGAAGACUCAUCCAAAAAGAAAAGCAGAGAGACCAGAGCAGGACUCUCCCCAGACUUCAAAUAAGGAUGUUGAUAUGUCUACUCUAUCUAAAAUCGAUAAAAGGAAGUUAGCACACAAAGAGAGAGAAAUUGAGCGACCUCGAGCAAGUGCAACAACACAGGGUCCUAAGCGAUCUACACGCGGCAAAGGCACGGAAAAGUUGGAUACAAAAGAAGAAUCUAAACCUCAAGAAGUAAGUUCAGCGGACUCUGGCAAUGAACAAUCUUUCACAACUGUAACGGAGGGUCCUAAGCGAUCCACGCGCAGCAAAGGGAAUGCAAAGGAAGAUUUACAGCCGUCUAAACCUCAUGUCACCUCACCGUCCUCCUUGAAAGUAGAGCAACCUCAAAGUCCAGAGAACUCUAGUGUUGAAGAACAGUCCAAAGUUAAAAGGUCAACAACAGAGGAUGUUAAGCGAUCAACACAAGUCAAUAAAAGAAAACUCAAAGACCUGGAACUAACUGAACCUCAAAAUAAAAGGGCAAGUGCAGAUUCUGGCAUUGAAGAACAGUCCAAAGUGUCCUCGGUCGCAAAAACGGAGGGUCCUAAGCGAUCCACGCGCGGCAAAGGGAAUGCAAAAGUGGAUAUAAAGGAAGAAUCACAGCCGUCUAAACCUCUUGUCACCUCCACACCAAACAAGAAGUCGACAAGGAAGAAAGAUCAGGCUGAGAAAUAUGUGCCCUUAAGUGAAAAUAUUCAACCUGAAAUAAUCGCAACAACACGAUCUGCACGUGGGACAACCAAAACUAAUGAUGUACCAGCAACUGAAGUUGAAGCAACUAAGCGACCCAAGAGAAAUGCUAGUGUGCCAAGAAAAUUUAUGGACACCGAGGCAAAUAACGCAGACUCAAAGAGAAGCAAUAGAAUGAGCAAACAAGCACUACCAGAAAGCGAAUCCGAAGGUAGCACGAAAAUUUUUAAGGUUACUAAAAGACAAAAGGAAGAAUCAUCGGAGCUUACAACAAGCACAUCUGUGAGUGAACAACAGACGCGUAAAGUUGGUCGGGGGAAGAGGGUUUUAAAUGCAGCUAGCGAAAACGCUGUGGCGAAAAAGAAACAUAAAACUAGCGACUCUGACAGUGACGAAUUUAUUCCAAAAACGCCCGUUAGGGGUAGAGUGUUGUUGAAUUCUACGGUUUCCGAAAGUACUCCUGAUAGAAAUAAGAGAGCGUUGAAACCAAAGGUUGUCUUUACUAUGUUGGACAGCCCCGAUCUAGAGUCUGUGAUUCGGAGAUUAGGUGGAAGAGUAGUAGACUCUGUUGAAGCAUGCACCGUGCUUGUGACGGGAAGCUUGAAACGAUCUCAAAAACUUUUAACAGCCGUUGGACAGUGCAAACCCAUUUGUUCGCCAGAUUGGAUUAGAGAAUGUAAAAAAGUGAAUAAAUUCUUAGAUCCGUGGGACUACAUACUGCAAGAUGAAGAGGCGGAAGAUAAAUGGCAAUUAUCUUUGAAAGAAUCUUUGAAAAGGAGCCGAGAUCAUAAACUGCUGGAAGAUUAUGUCGUGUAUCUCACAGUUACCAACGCGAUUGAUGUGCUUAAAGGUGCUGUUGAAUCCUGUGGAGGAAAAUGUUUAUUAAAGGCACCAACAAAAUCAACAGAGAACCUAAUCGUCGUUGCAAACGCAGAAAAUAAAUCAAAAUACACAAAGUUUUUAAAGCAAACUCCACCUGCUACGGUUGUGCUUCCCGAAGCAAUAUUCGAUGGUGUUCUCAGACAAGAAUUGCAUCUUGAAGAACAUUUGUUAAAGUAGUGUAUAUGUUACAGAGAAUAGAUUUUAAUUUUAUACCUUAAUACAUGUUUUCAUAAA